GUCUUUAUAGAGAUUAGCGGAGGAGUACAAGGAGGAGGAGGAGGAUCCGACACUCCAUACGAAAGAGAUACAAAAGCUCCACUUCGGGACUUCACGCAAACUCCUGGAGUCGUUUCUCUCUGUCUCUCCUCCCUCUCUCUGUUUUGGAGAAGGAUCCUUCUUAGAUCUGAAACUUUGAUUCAACUGUUCGAUCCAGUUUUAAAAUUUCCCACUACUUUUCGAUUCACUCCGAUCUCCGAUUCUCUUAAAACCCUUUUUUGUUUUUUUGAAGAUCAGAGAAGAUUAUCGCAAAGCAUACAUGGGAAUUUCAUAGUAUUAUUUCCAUAUAUAAAGGAGGGAGCUUUUGAUCGGGGCAGUGCUAGCCUACUCCAAUGGGGUCCCCUAAGCGAGAAAAUGCUUCUUCUUCUUCUUCCUCCUCUCAACUCACAGACGCUUCGAUCUCCGGGCUCCAUGAGAAGCAUCAAGAGGAACUAGAUAACUUGACACUAACAUCACAACCCUUCAGAACGUUGAAGUUUUUCAUUUUGGCUGUAAUUCAGUAUGUUAAGCGUUUAAUAUCAUAUUUGUUGGCAAGAGGUGGUUGGCUUAUGCUUUCGAGUAUUGUGCUAUUGUCUCUUGGAGUUCUUCUAAUUACCAUUGAUGGUCCUCAUGAAAAGCAUCUUGAGGAACUUGUCAAAUAUUUCCAGUUUGGUUUAUGGUGGGUGUCCCUUGGAAUUGCAUCUUCGAUUGGUCUUGGAUCUGGUUUGCACACGUUUGUCCUAUAUCUGGGCCCCCAUAUUGCGUUCUUUACAUUAAAGGCAAUGCAGUGUGGUCGGGUUGAUCUAAAAAGUGCCCCCUACGAUACAAUACAGCUAAAACAAGGCCCUUCGUGGCUUGGGAAGAACUGCUCUGACUUUGGACCACCCUUGUUUCCAUCAUUACAUGGUUUGCGGGUUCCACUUAGCAGCAUAUUACCACAGGUCCAGUUAGAGGCUGUUUUAUGGGGUCUUGGGACUGCAAUUGGAGAGCUUCCUCCAUAUUUUAUCUCAAGAGCAGCAAGCCUGUCUGGUAACAAAGUUGCUGUGGAAGAAUUGGAUGAUCCCUCAGAUGAAGGAACAGGAUUCAUAGCUACUUGUCUAAACCCAAUCAAGCGCUGGCUUCUAUCACACUCUCAGCAGUUGAACUUCUUUACGAUCCUAGUACUUGCUUCGGUGCCAAAUCCUCUUUUUGACCUGGCUGGCAUUAUGUGUGGACAAUUUGGUAUUCCAUUUUGGAAGUUUUUCCUUGUAACAGUGAUUGGAAAGGCAAUUAUUAAAACUCAUCUACAGACAGUUUUCAUCAUCUCAGUUUGCAACAAUCAACUUCUUAAUUGGAUAGAGAAUGAAUUGAUUUGGGUUUUCAGUCUCAUUCCCGGUUUUGCUGCUGUCCUUCCUAACCUCAUUGCAAAAAUUGAUGCGGCGAAGGAAAAGUAUCUCACAGCUUCUCCUUCGUCAAAUAUCAAGGUUAAUACGUGGGACUUCUCAUUUGCCUCAAUUUGGAACUCUAUGGUAUGGCUUAUGCUGAUGAAUUUCUUUGUCAAGAUUGUUAAUGCAACCGCUCAGAGGUAUCUGAAGAAACAGCAGGAAAUGGAGGUUGCUUUGUUGUCAAAGAAGUCAUAGAAUACCAGUCACAAAAUGUUCGGCCAUGCGCCUUAAAAUGGUGGUACUGCUCUUUUUCCCUUUUAUCUUUUCUUUUCUCCUAUUCGGUUUGACAAGUAGAAGUAAUAGAAAUUGCUAGAUACAGCUCUUUCGGAAGGCACCGUUGAUCUCUCCCCAAAGUGUUCCGUGCAUGUCCUUGUUAGAAAGCUUGUAUAGGAUAACAAAUGUAAUGGAGAACUGUAGAAUGUGUAAUUUUGGGGGAAGCAUUAUUUGGGGUGUUUAUUACACCCCCUUCGUCAACUAAAUGUUGAAAUUAGAAAUUGGAAUGUUAUUCUUUGCAAUGCAGUGCAAGACAACGCUUAUAAUACA